UGUCUUACACGGUUUUAGCUUUUAGUAUUUUUCAGUCUCUCAACGAACGUGACACAUCCAUAAGGAUAUUCCCCUUGAGAGGACUCUUAAUAGAAGAACUAGAACUAGAACUGAAACUAGAAGACUGGACGAAUAAAUAUAUUGCAUUGGAAUUCCUUUCACAAGAAUGGGCAACAAAAUUGUUACAUUCACCGAACAGCAAUUGGACGAUUACCAGGAUUGUACGUUUUUUACACGAAAGGAGAUUUUACGGGUACACAAACGUUUUCGAGAGAUUCGACCGGAUUUGGUGCCACGCCAAAUGACCGAAGGACAAGCAUCUAGUGUCAGGGUUCCACGUGAGUGCAUCGAGAAAUUGCCCGAACUAAAAGAAAAUCCGUUCCGUACCAGGAUAUGCGAAGCAUUUUCCCGUGAUGGCCUGGGCAAUUUGUCGUUUGAGGAUUUCCUUGAUUUUCUCUCCGUAUUCAGCGAACAGGCGCCAAGGGACAUCAAGGUUUUCUAUGCUUUUAAAAUUUAUGACUUCGACCAGGAUGGUUUCAUUGGACGUGCCGACCUAAAAUCUGUUCUGACAACAAUGACAAAAAAUGACCUUAGCCCCGAAGAACAGCAACAGAUUGCGGAUAAAGUUAUCGAGGAGGCGGAUGUCGAUGGUGAUGGUCAAUUGUCCUUUCUGGAGUUCGAGCAUGUUAUCCUGAGGGCACCAGAUUUUCUAUCGACAUUUCAUAUAAGGAUUUAAGUGCAUCAGCAUCAGCAUCAGCUUCAGCUGUCCUAUGCUGUGCUGUGCUGGGGCUCUGUUCUACUCUACUCUACUCUAUACUGUGGUGGCAUGCUGACAAGAUUCUUCGACGAAUCUUGCUUCUAGGUAUAAAUGGUACCUACAAUCCUACAUACUUUGAUGGUAUUUUCUUCUAUAGUUUGGUGAAUUGUUGGGCAUGUAUGAAGGAUUAUAGGUGUAGGAGCAUCUCGAAGGAUUUUCCAGAAGCUACAUGAUGUGUGCACAAAUUUCGUGUGGGUCGUAUUGUUGUGAAAUAAUAUUAAAUCUACACAAUCUGUGUGUAGACAAGACACCUACGUCCAAUAUAUACAUGACGGAACAUACUCCAAACAUAGUUACUUAGGUUUAUAUGAAAUAUUUCCUCGAAGGGCUUGUAGCAUGUUAUGACAAAAAAAAUUAUGUAUCUUCUAUAUUUUAAAAUAAAGAUAUGUUUCUUUUUUGCUUUCGUAUAUAU